CUAAUCGGCGGACCCCUCGCCCCUCCGCCGCUUCGGUGCCCUCUUGGCUGCCGCACCGGGGACCGCCUCGCUGCUGUCGGCCUUGCGGGCCUUCUUGCGUGGUCGGUGGGGUGCACCCGCUGCACCAGCUGCCGGCGGUGGUCGUUUCUUGUCUUCGUGCUGCUCCUGUCGCUGUCUGAGGAACUGCAUCGUGUACAUGAGCAGCUGCUCCUUGUGCUGAGUGACGGCCCGCUGGGCGGCGUCGAGGAGAAACAGCUCAGUACUGACACAAACAACGGUGAAUGGGAUGCCUGGCAGGCCCGACACGGACAUACAUACAUUCAU